GCUCGAUUGUAAUCAUGUAUUGCCUUUCCGCUGACUGGUUAGCGUGCAACAAAAGCUUUUCACUGUACCUCAGUACACGUGACAAUAAACUACACUGAACUGAAAGAAAAAAAUGCUGUCAUAAAAUAUCCCUGGUCAGUGUAGGAUAGUGUUAGUGUGCGGGGAUCACUGGUCGGCACACACUCGGUGGGCCGAAGGGCCUGUUUCCAUGCUGUAUCUGUAAAUGAAACUAAACACUUCUUCUGAUCUCCCUCUUUUCCUUCCAGUUAUGAUUCUCCCAAUAAUGGACACGGAUAAAGGAGCAGUUAUUGGCGUGAUUCUGGUUUAUUCUGGCCCGUUGCAUGACCUUGAUGACCCCUGCCUACGGAUACUGGAGAGACACAUCUCCGCGGCCUGCAAGCGCGUACACGCCCUACGCGAGCCUCUCACCUUGAGUAAGCUCAGGACCGAACGCAUCGCUGGCACAGACAACGAGAUAAACUUUGAAGAACAGGAUCAGAAAGUUCUUCAGUUAUGUGGUGAACUGUAUGACAUCGAAGCCACGUCGCUCCAGUUGAAGAUUGUUCAGUAUUUACAGCGGGAGACGGACUCGAUGUGUUGUUGUAUGCUGGUCGCCGCUGAGGGUGAUGGUCAUCUCUUCUGUCAGGUGGUCGGAGAGAAAGUCCUGAAUGAAGAGAUACUCUUCCCGGUACUGCCCUACCCGCUGAGUUCCUCCGGCACUUAGUGCUUGGCUCCAGUGCACUCUCACAUCUUCUCGAAGGAUGACCUGGAGCGGGGCCUUACAUCACCGCCCGGCGUGGCUUCAACGGCUGCGGGACUUUGCUAGCGCCCGCCCGGGGCUCCAACAACAAGACCCGGAGCGCGGCCUUGCACCACCCGGCGCGGCGUUAAUGGCCACGGGACAAUUGUUGUCGCCCGCCGGGGGCUCUGACUUUGACUCUGACAUCGGGGGGAGAGGGAAGUGCAGGGGAGAGAUAGGUUUUUUUGCCUUCCAUCACAGCGAGGAGGAGAUGCGCUGUGAUGGAUGUCUGUGUAAAUUAUGUUGUGUCUUGGGUCUUUUUUUCUUGUAUGUAUGACUGCAGAAACAACAUUUCACUUGAGCCUCUAUGAGGUUCAAGUGACAAAUAAAUUGUAUUGUAUUGUAUUGUAUUCACUGUGGUGGAAGGCAACAAAGUUCAGCCAGUCCUCCUCCUUAGUUCACCCGUGGUCGGGGCCAUGAACCCUCCGUAGUUGCCGCUACGGACGGCCCGAUGUACGGGAGCCUCUCGUCGGGAUGACCCAAACUCCGACGUCGGGACGUUGGAACACACACGUGGAGGUCCCGAAUCGUCACAUUGUUACCGGAGACCGCGGCUUCAGGAUGUUAUUGUCCGCGGGGGUGGCCGAUGACAUCCUGACGGAAUGGGUGUCGUUCACAUCUUCUCACUGUCUAAUCAUCUCUCUCUCUCUCUGUCU